CGGAGGCCUCGCGGCUCCACGUAGGAGCUGGCUCCGGCUGCCGGCUGUGGUCAGGGCCAUCGCAUAAAUAGGGCGGGAGACGGAGCACUGAGGACUUGCCGCUGCCCCCAGCCCCGGCCCCAGGCGUCCCGGCCAUGGCCCGCCCGAUCGUCUUGCUCAGCCUCGGCCUCCUGGCCGGCCUGCUGCCGGCGCUGGCCGCCUGCCCCCAGAACUGCCACUGCCACGGUGACCUGCAGCACGUCAUCUGCGACAAGGUGGGGCUGCAGAAGAUCCCCAAGGUGUCCGAGAAGACCAAGCUGCUCAACCUCCAGCGCAACAACUUCCCCGUGCUGGCUGCCAACUCGUUUCGGGCCAUGCCGAACCUCGUGUCGCUGCACCUGCAGCACUGCCGCAUUCGCGAGGUGGCCGCGGGUGCCUUCCGCGGCCUCAAGCAGCUCAUCUACCUGUACCUGUCCCACAAUGACAUCCGCGUGCUGCGCACCGGCGCCUUCGACGACCUGACCGAGCUCACCUACCUCUACCUGGACCACAACAAGGUGACCGAGCUGCCCCGGGGGCUGCUCUCUCCGCUGGUCAACCUCUUCAUCCUGCAGCUCAACAACAACAAGAUUCGCGAGCUGCGCCCGGGCGCCUUCCACGGCGCCAAGGACCUGCGCUGGCUCUACCUGUCGGAAAACUCCCUCAGUUCCCUGCAGCCCGGCACUCUGGAGGACGUGGAGAACCUCGCCAAGUUCUACCUGGACAGGAACCAGCUGUCCAGCUACCCCUUGGCUGCUCUGAGCAAGCUGCGGGUGGUGGAGGAUCUGAAGCUGUCCCACAAUCCCCUGAAAAGCAUUCCCGACAAUGCCUUCCAGUCUUUCGGCAGAUAUCUGGAGACCCUCUGGCUGGACAACACCAACCUGGAGAAGUUCUCUGAUGGUUCCUUCCUGGGUGUGACCACGCUGAAACAUGUCCAUCUGGAGAACAAUCGCCUGAACCAGCUGCCUUCCAGCUUCCCCUUUCACAGCCUGGAGACCCUCACCCUCACCAACAACCCCUGGAAAUGUACCUGCCAGCUCCAGGGACUGCGGAGGUGGCUGGAAGCCAAGACCUCCCGCCCUGAUGCCACUUGCGCGUCGCCCGCCAAGUUCAGGGGCCAGCACAUUCGUGACACGGACGCCUUCCGCGGCUGCAAGUUCCCCACUAAGAGGUCCAAGAAAGCCGGCCGCCAUUAAACAGGUUGUUGGAGUCCUGACACCAAUCCUCGCCUCACCGCAGGUCCUGACCCAGCCGGUCCUGGUGACUGGUCUCUGCCUUCUGCCGGAGAAACUACUGAUCCUCCCACCUCUGACCCCCACCUUCUCCCCACAGCCUUUGCUGAUGCACAGAGCUGUCCACACCUAGACAUGUCCUGGCAGGGGACUCGGGCACUGCAGCACAAACCCAGCUCCACCGGACGGUGAGAGCUUCAUCACGCCUGGCCCCACGGCUACGGCUCCUCUCAGAGAAGCCGUUGCUGAGACCCCCCCAAGUCCUUUAGAACCGGAACACGGUGGCCAUCAGGAUGGCCACUCUUCCAGAAUCCUCGUCUCUGCUCCCCUUUCCCUGCCAUUUGGAAACAAACAUCAGAUCCUUGCCCCACCCCUUGCUUCUAGGAAGGGUCUCAAGCCCCUACCCCCGACUUUGCCAGCCCCCGCCUGCCAGGACACUCUAGCCGGACACUGGUGCUUUGCCACACAUCCUCCCGUGCUGCAUUUCUUCCCCAGAUUUCUAUAAAUAUAAAUUUAUGUAUGUGUAAUAUUUA